UCUAGCUGUCUAUCCACCUUGAAUCCUCUGCACCACCAGAUAUUGUACGUUGUCUCGUUGUCUAGAAUUUGACGAUAACAUCAGAAAUCUGAUGAUGGGUUCAACAACUGCGAGUGGGAAUAUCCCCGUCGAGCAAAGUCUAGAGAAAACGGCGGAUGACAGCGAACAAAACACCGGGUAUCUUGAACAGAGCACAUUGAGUGCCCCAGCUGAUAAUGAUAGUCCUGCUAAGGGAUAUCUUCACGGCUGGAGGCUUCAUAUGCUAACUGGAGGGUGUGUAUUCUUUAUUGUUCGAUUUUUAGCACGAAAAGCUGACGCGUUGAAGCCUAUGUUUGAGCGUCUUUUUGUCCUCUCUGGACAUCACGAUUGUUAGUACUUCGCUGGCCUCCAUUAGUAACGAUCUAAACGCAUUUGACCAAAGCUCUUGGAUUGUGUCGAGCUACCUCAUCACAUACUUCAGUAUUUACACAUAUAUUUGAUCCACUUUUUGUUUCCUAAACUUAUCUAUGCAGGCUUCAUAAUCAUAUGGGCAAAGCUCAGCGAUAUUUUUGGCCGUAAAACUUUCCUCGCGUUUGCGUUGAUCUUAUUUUUGGCUUUCUCUGGUGCUUGUGGGGGUGCGCACACAAUCCUACAAUUGUGAGUUCGUCUACCCGUGUAUCUGAAGAUUGUCUGCUAACAGACCCAGAAUUGUAUUCAGAGCCUUCCAAGGUGUUGGAGGGACAGGAAUCUUUUCCAUGACACCGGCAAUAAUAUCUGAAAUGGUACCGGAAAAGUUCGCUUCAUACAACGCACUUGCUUCCUCAACUAUUGGCAUAUCGUUCUUGCUAGGCCCACUGCUGGGAGGCGUGAUCAAUGAUAACAUAACAUGGCGUUGGGUGUUUUUUAUAAAGUAUGAACUGAAGAUCUUUUACUGAAUUCCAGAAACUAAUAUCUCUGCAGUCUUCCAAUAGGGUUCGUGGGCUUAGUGUUGGCUCUUAUGGCAAUACCAGCGAGAUUCCCAAACCAUGAGCUUCCUGUCCAUUACGCACACACCCCACUUCGUAAUACUCUUCGCAGAGUUGAUUUUCCCGGGUUUUUCUUGUUCUUGGCUACACGCCUUUUACUUGUCUGCGCAUUACAAGAAGCUGGAACUGACUAUCAAUGGUCCUCGCCUUUGGUUAUUUCAUUUCUUACACUGUCUGGUGUGUUAUCGGUGGCAUUUUUGGGUUGGCAAAGGGUUAUCUCGCAACGACAAACUUUGACUGAGCCAGUUUUACCUUGGAGAUUUAUCCAGAACAGAGUUUUUAUGGGCACGCUCUUGUGAGUACUAUAUAGCGACAAAAACCAGUGGCAGCAGCUAACUCAAACGAGGACUGCUUUCUUCGCUGUUUCCAAUACUUCAACUACAUGCUAAUCAUACUUAGGCUCUGGUUGGAGGUGGUAGUUUGAUAUUCAACCCAGACAUGAUCAGAGCCUUGAAUAAUCAACAUUUCCUCUCUCCUCUCCGAGCAGUAGAUGCUUUUCUUUCGACCACAGAGCAGACGGCUACGCGCGUGGCGAAGGGUUUGGCGUACUAGUUCUGAAGAGGCUCCAUGAUGUUAUCAGGGGCAACGAUAACAUCAGAGCCGUGAUCAGGGGUACAGGGUCUAAUCAAGAUGGGAAAACACCGGGUACAUCUUUGGUGGUAGGACUGCUAAUAAUGGUCACUAACCCAGAUUGUGCGUGCUUCAGGAAUUACUCAGCCAAGCAGACUUGCCCAGGAACAGAUGAUGACCGAAACAUAUGAACAUGCGGGGCUCAGCCCCAACAGAACGAGAUAUGUAGAGGCACAUGGCACUGGGACACCAGUCGGAGGUUCGUAAUCCAUGAUGACCCCACACGGCUUGAAAAUAUUCUAAGCCGAUGAAUUAUAGAUCCAAUUGAAGCUUCCCCAAUCGGUGCUGUUUUUGGUAAAUAUCGAAGCACGUCAGACCCAUUAUAUUGUGGUUCUAUAAAAGCAAACAUAGGACACCUAGAAGGUGCAAGUGGGAUUGCUGGUUUGAUGAAGAGUAUUUUGAUUCUUGAAAAGGGGUUGAUCCCACCGAACGCUGGAUUCGAACGCGUGAACCCAAAUAUCAAAGCGGAUUCUCUGAAUCUUAAAGUGGGCCAUUCCUGAGCCCAGUAUAAUCAGUCCCCUCUGUUUUUGAAAUUUUAACUAACGCAAAUUCCCAAAAACAGUUUCCCAUGGAAAUCACGCCCUGGCCAGCGAAAGGCCUUCGCCGAGUAUCUGUUAAUUCAUUUGGAUUUGGUGGUACAAAUGCACAUAUUAUUCUCGAUGAUGCAUAUCAUUAUCUCCAAGAACAUGGCCUCAAGGGCCUUCAUAAUACCACAUUCAAUGAGGGCGAGAGUUUGCAGAACGGUUUCCACAACCACAAGCGUUUUGGGAACAGCAAACAAAACGGCGAGAGCGACAAAGCCUUGAAAUAUAAUGAAGCAACCUUGGGAAAUGGAGACCGAAAUUCUUUCUAUGAAGUUCAUUCUGAUGACUACGGUGUCUCAUCUGAUGAUAGUGACUGCAGCGAAGGGGCACUUAAUUUGCAGUCUCGAAACAAAAACCCUCUUCAGCAGGUUUGCUGA